AUGAAGUUAGUGUUUAAAAACAUUGAAAAAGAUGGCAGUGGGAGCAUCGGUCUUAUAUCUGAGGAAUCUGAGGAUAUGUGGCAUGCUUACAACCUAAUAGCUGAAGGAGAUUCUGUUACUGCAUCGACCGUACGAAAAGUCCAAAAUGAGUCGUCGACGGGCUCUUCGACAAGCAGUAGGGUUCGAACUACGCUUACUAUAACCGUGGAAAAUAUUGAUUUCGAUACACAAGCAUGUGUUCUUCGUUUGAAAGGCCGGAAUAUUGUUGAGAAUCAAUAUGUGAAGAUGGGGGCAUACCACACAUUAGACUUAGAAUUAAAUAGGAAGUUUACAUUGCGAAAGCUACAAUGGGAUUCUGUAGCCUUAGAACGAGUAGAUAUGGCCUGUGAUCCAGCAACCUCGGCGGAUGUUGCUGCAGUGGUAAUGCAAGAGGGCUUAGCUCAUGUAUGCCUUAUUACAUCAUCAAUGACAUUAGUCAGAUCAAAGAUAGAUAUAACAAUACCUAGGAAGCGGAGAGGCUUCACACAACAGCAUGAAAAGGGACUUGCUAAAUUUUAUGAAGCUGUAAUGCAAGGUAUACUCAGGCAUGUAGAUUUUAGUGUUGUCAAAUGCAUAAUUAUUGCAUCUCCCGGAUUUGUUAAGGAUCAAUAUUAUGACUACAUGUUGCAACAAGCAAUAAAAACUGACAAUAAGCUUCUUAUUGAAAAUAAAUCAAAAUUUUUGCUGGUCAAGGCUUCAUCGGGAUUUAAACACUCACUUAAAGAAGUUUUACAAGAGCCAUCGGUAAUGGCCAAGAUAUCAGACACAAAAGCAGCAAGUGAAGUUAAAUUGUUGGAAGGUUUCUACACAAUGCUGCAAUUGGAGCCAGCAAAGGCAUUUUAUGGAAAGAAGGAUGUUCUGAGAGCAAAUGAAGCUUUAGCAAUUGAAACACUGAUGAUUUCAGAUACAUUAUUUAGGUGUCAAGACAUUCAGAAGCGUAAAGAAUAUGUCGGUCUGGUUGACUCGGCCAGAGACAAUGGUGCUGAUGUCAGGAUAUUUUCUAGCAUGCAUGUUUCUGGUGAACAGCUGGAUCAACUAACCGGUGUAGCAGCUAUUUUACGUUUUCCCAUGCCUGAGCUCGAGGACAGUGAUGCUGAAUACGAUUAUUCGGAUUCUGAUUAA